CAGGUAAACAGGUUUAAGAAAUCAGAAGUGAGAACAGAGAGAAGUCAGACUGGAAAAGUGUCCAAAUAGGAUUUGGUAAUUAUUUGUAUGUGCACAGAGGCCAAGGGAGAGGAGAGAGUCAAGGAUGACCCCAGGUUUCUGGCUUGGGCAACUGCAUGGCAAGGAUGCCAUUCAUUGAGAUCAGGAACAAUGAAUGAGAAGCCAAUUUGAGAGAGGAGUACAGCUUGCUGCUUUCUAAAUGCCAACUUUCACCACAGCCUAUCCUAAUUUAUAUAUAAACAGCCAUGCUUUCCCAGUGAAAGCACUUGUUUACUCCAGCAGGCAAUUACACACCAUUUCUACUUGAAAUCACCAACAUUCUUCCUUCUAUCUUGGACAGCCUCCUCACUCUCCAUACCAGUUCCACCAACUUCCCUACAUCCAUGCCCAUGUUCUUGCAUCCAGCUUCAGUGGAGCAAAUGUGCUGCUCCUCUUUAUGAUACCCUUCCACUUGUGUCCUAAACCUUUUCCUCCCAAAAUGCUCAAGGCAUUUGCACUAGCAGUUACUGAUUUUUCUGCUCUGUACCAUCUUUUUCUCCCUCUCUACAAGAUGAUUUCUUCCCAUCCAGAUGCUGUUACUCAUUUUAAAAAGAAACCUCUUAGCCCCAUAAUACUGCCAGCUACUACUGAAUUUCUCAACAUUCCUCAUAGCUCUCUAAACUCAUCCAUAUUGUUGUCUUAAUUCCUGUCUUACCCGAGUCACCUUCAGUUCUCUCCCCUCACUCCUCUCAUCUCAGGUUUUUGUCCCUACAAAUCCACCAAAAGAGCCCUCAGCAGGGUCACCAUUGAAGUACUUCCUGCAAAAGCCAGUGGCAGAUCCUGCACUCAUUUUAUUAGACCUUUAAGUAGCACUGGCCCAGCCCACCAUGCCCUCAUUUAUUCAUUCAACACAUAUUUAUUGAGUGCUUACUGUAUGCUAGGCAUAGUUCCAAUCCUUCGGACACAUCAGUGAAUUAAACAGACAAGGUCCCUUCCCUCUAGGAACUGAUUCUAUUAGAAGGAUAUAGUUAACAAGCAAAAGACAACAAACAAUUGAAUUGUGCCUAAGUUAUAAGGCAAUAAAGGCUAUGGAAAAGAAAAACAUAGAACUCAGAAAUUGUAGAAUUUCCAUUUAAGACACAAUUAUCACUAUAACCAAAAAUACCCUAUGUGACAACAGUAUUUACUAUCAAAUCAAAUAACAGGAUAUGUUCCAUAUAUCCCCAUAUUAUAAAAAUGAGUCAUAUUUUCAUCUGCUGGCCUCAUAUUUCUGGAUUUGAUGUGAGGAUACUGCAGAAAAGAAAAAGAAAUUAAGAGAAGGGAAAAUGGGGAUUUGGUAUUUUAUAAUUCAUGAUACUAUGUAUUGCAUCCUGGGGGCAGGUAACAGAAAUGGAAGUGACCCAACCUCUGUGGCAUAAGCUGACUCAUUUUUCACUUCUUUUAAAAUUACGUUAAGUGACAUUGCUUUCUCACAUUGAAGAAUAGCUAUACUCAAAGUACAGUAGCAUAGUCAAGGAGUGGAAUUUUCUAUGAAUGAUACUUCCUGUUUUAAUCUUAAAGAAAAUAAAACAUUUAUGUUAAAUACAGUAAGCACAGUAUGUAUGGCUUUCAAAGGAGGAGCGACAGGUUGUUUGCAGAAUGGCUGUGACCGCUCCCCCCUCGCAGUGUGUGUGCUCCUCCCAUCAGGGGACAGGGUCUGUCUCCCAGCCCUUUGACUCCAGGGACUUACUUUGGCUAAUGAAAUGGGGUGGAAUGAUACUGUGAAACUUCCGAGUCCAGGCCUUGCAGCUGCCGUUUUGUCCCAGGCCAGCACAGGAGCCUGCCAGGUGAGCCUGCUGGAAAAUGAGACAAGCCCUGCCAGCUGCGGCAUCCUUGGCCAGCCACUCCCUGGUCUGGCCUCCAGAUGAGUGUAGCCGCAAGAAGGAUCCCGCAUAAGAUUGGCACCACCUCGCUGAGUUUAACCCAACAUCACUGAUCCACUAAACAUGAGAAUAAUAAGAUAACUAUUUUAAAUGAUUACAUUUUGGAGUGGUUUGUUACACAGAAAUAGAUAACUGAUAGAUUUUAAGUAUUUAUUAGUUAUUAAGAAGAUGACUCAUUACCUUUAAAUUAAGCAUUGAUGCUAUAAUAAGCUGAAUUUUAAUUUUAUGAAGAAAAAUAACAUGGAGAGUACAUACUGGAACCUAUUUUUCUAUGAAAAGUUCAGUAUAUCUUGCUGUUUAUAGGUGUUUAUAUCUUGGUCACAGAAAUUAAGUCAUAUAUAGUGUUCCAUGAUUCAUGUCAUUCAUUAAAUAUUGCAGAGGUCUAUCCAUGCCAGUGAAUACAGAGCUAUGUUUUUAAGUAGUUGCAUGAUAUUCCAUUGAACAGGUACACCUAAUGUAUUUAUGUAUGUCCCUUUUAUGUGAUAUUUAGGUUAGUUCCUAAAGCCAACAGAGAAAUAGUAAUGAGAGGAACUUUGAGCAUUUAUCUUUUCAGCCUCAUCAGUUUGCUCAUCUGUAAAGUGAAUAUAUCUCUGACCCUUUCUAUAGAAUUGUUAUAAAAAUUAAUGAGAUAAUGUAUAUGAAGUCUUAACAGUUUGGGGGACAUAGUAAGCCCUUAAUAAUUUAUGGUGUUUUCAUUAUUAUUAUCAUCUGAUUAUAAGCUUCAUGAGGGAUGAUAUUAGCAUCCUCAGGACCCACCUCACUGGAAUACCUUAUACCUACUGAGUGCUUCUUAUGGGGUAGGCCCUGGUUCAAUUGCAUCCUUAAAAUGUGUAAAUACAGUUAUUAUACCCAGAUUACAAAUGAGGAAAUUGAGGCACACAGAGGUAAGGUAAUUUACCUAAGGACAGAACUCAGAGAAUUCAAAGCAAUAUCACUCUAGAACCCAUGCUCUUAAAACUAUAUCGUGCUGCCUCAGUAAAUAUAUGCCUUAAUAAAUUGUUGUUGAGUGAAUGAACAAAUGGAGUAUGGAUUUCUAGAAAUGCAAUUUCUAGAUCUCAGAGCAUGCACAUUUUAAGGUCUUUAAUACAUAUUGCAGUAUAAGCUAUUAUUAUACUUUAAGCCAGAGAAAAAAAUAUACAAUAAUAUUAUCACAACUACAGAAAGAAAGCAAAAAAAGAAAUAUAUAGAAGAAAAAUUGAACAAAACACAUCAAAAUAUUAAGAGUGGCCAUUUUUGAUGGAUACAUUUAUGGGUGAUUUGUUUGUUUUUUAUUUUUCUGAAAUUACCAUAAUGAGUUGUUACUUUAUACAAACCAGUUGAAUAACUAUAGCCUUACUUUUGUGUUAUAUGUGUUUUUCUGCCUCAGAGUUGGUUCUGUCCUUGGAAGCAAGCCUUUCUAAGAAAAGAGAGUUUUCAUGACUAUAUUAGAUUCUUCAUCCUCUAUCAAUCUUAAGAAGGAAAUUAAAAUCACAGGUAAUUUGCCUUCCUAACAUUAUUGGAGCCGUUCAUUUGAUCUAACUCCUGGGGCUAAUAAGCAGUGAUGUAGUUUUACUUUUCUGAUAUUUCCUGUCUGAGGACAAGAGAACUGUUGUUCUCUUACAUCCAUUUGUAAAGUACUUUUAUUGACUCAGGGUUUUGCAAAGACUUUAUCAAGUUGUUUCUCAAACAAUCCUGUGAGGUUAUAAUAAGUCCCACCAAGGCUUGGAUACACAAACACCUGCAUGAAUACAAAUGAGCUAGAUAAUAAUUUGAUAUAUUAACUUUUGUAUUUUUUGUUCAGUACUUCCUGAUACUCCAGGCCUUUCCUGGAUUUUAGCAGUAGCUAGAGUGUUCUAUGCUGACUACCUCAGAGAAAGGACAGUAUAUCAGAAGACAGGCAUCAAUUUUUGGCUUCUGACUUUUGAUAGACGAAGCCAGAGGAGACCCAGGUCAGGGGAGAACAAAGUUUCUCCACUUCUCAAUUAGUUCUAAAGACUGUGAAGAAGGGACGGUCAAGGUUCAUGGGGACUUAGAUGUUAAUGCAGGGCUUUCCUAGGUGAUGUGGCUCUGUACCCCCAAGUCUCAGAGGGGUUUGAGGGAUCUGAGCACAGAAAACCCAGGUUUCACUUUUGGGGUAGAAACAGGGAAGUAGUAAGCAAUGAGAGUUCUCUAAGCCUCAUGUGGUACAGAAAGAGUGAGAAUAUUUCCAAUGAGCACAAAAGUAUUGAUGACUUGAAAAGAAAAGCAACAGGAUGGGAUUAGUCUUCAAGUUCACUCUUUAUGCUGCCAACUCCAACUUGCUGUAAGUUUUAGUAGAAUUUCCAUCUGGUUCUUUCUUUUUUUUUUAAUGCUAUGAACAUUUCAUUUUAUUUAUUUAUCUAAGAAAGUAGCUUUAAAAAAAGGGGAAAAUAACCUAGAUCAUUUUGAAUAAAAACCUUUACAUAAUCUUUAUGCAUAGAGACCCAGGGGUGGCCAUGUUGUCUACGACAACCUGAACAGGCUGUCUCAGGCCAUUACCUAGGGCUCCCGCGUUUGGCAGCCCUGCAGCAAAGGCCCUCUGCCUGCCCCUGGAGCCAAGCUCCCUGAAGACUGCUUCACUGAUGGUUUGCCUUCUGGGACUAUAGAUAGAGGGUGGAAAAUGCUUCGGGCUAGCACGGGAGGGACUGGGAGUUACCCAAUCUGCCCCAUUUCAUCCAAACUCUUCAAGUCAGGCAGGAGGCCUAGCAAGAUGACUAAAUGCCAGGGAUCAAACAGAGUUGUGGGAGCUUCCCAGACACUUGGGAUCUGUGACCCAGGGCCUCUGCACAUGGUAGCAAGGAAGGUAUGGUGUUCACAGAAAACUCAAGACAGGAACAGAUAAGCCUUGAAUAUCUGUCACUCUGUGACAGGUACUCACUUCUACCCUAAGUAACUCAGAAAGACCCUGUCCUGCUUCUCAACUCAGUCCAAACCUCUUUUGACUCUAAAACUCAGUUAACCCAUCAACCUACAUAAGAGACGAAUUCUCCUUCCUUUGGGAGGAAGGACAACCAGAUCAACACAUUUGUCCCAUUGUCUGUCCCACUCCUUCCAGAGUCCUAGUAUAAAAGAGCUGGCAUAGGAGUAGGAUAGCAUGGAGGACAGACAGGAUGACAUGGAAGGUCACAAGAUCCAGAACAGCGGAGAGUGGAAAAAGAUUCCAUGGUUCUUUGGGGGAUUCUGCCAGAGGUGCUGUAUUGACCAUUUUUAAAAAGAAGGAAAGAAAAAAAUAAAAGAAUGGUCUUGAGGAUGGUAAAAAGAGACCUGGAUCCUUUUUUAGUAAUCCAAAAGCCCUCACACUAUGUUCAGUAUUAAGAAAAGCCCUGAACAAAUAGAGGAUACUGUGUCAGGCAGCAAGAAGGGAAGGUGGAUUCCCUGGCCAUCCCAAAGAAUGGCAAACAGUACCCGUCAACUGAAUGCAGGGGACCUCUGUGUGGGGAGUGGGAAUGAAUAUGUGAGUGUGGUGGGAGGGGCCUGGGCAUUUGGUUCUUUUUCUAUAGUUUCUAUUUCUCUGCUAAGAUUCUCUACCUGCCCAUUCACAAUUUCCCUUAAUUAUUUGAACAUAUGUGGAAGUUGGUUUCUGUUGACCGCUUUUUUUUUUUUCUUACCCUUUGGUUGGCUUUUUGUUACCACCUUUAUAAGAAAGGGACUUCCUGGUAAUGAUGGUGUCAGAACUGGGUUAAGCAGUGACACUAAGGAAUGACAAGAAUCUAAUGUCAAAGCAGUCACUUGAAGUGGGGCUGAACAUCAUCUCAUUAGUAGUGGUGCAUAAUGUGUGAUGAUUUUCAGUCUUCAAAGAAGAAAGACAGUUGCAAACACCUUGGGAAAAAUGUAAGGAUAGUGUCUGUCAUCUUAGUCACUCUCACACAACUAGCAGGAUAUCCAUCCUCAACACCAAAACUCAUUGGCAAGUCACUCAACGUAAUUUAGAUGUUACUUUUUGCCUGACCCACCCAUUAAAGAAUAGAAUUGGAAGAGAAUUUGAAACAUUAACAUUUAACUCCCUGCCUUCCACCAAGUAGCAAGUAGAAAAAACUAUCUCCUCCAAUGAUUAAUUUUUUCUGAACAAAAGGCAGCUUCCUUGAAUUCCCUAAUAUAAAGUUAGAUACUUACAGAAAAAUCAACCCAACAGACAGAAAUGAGGAAUCAACAUUAAUAUUUUGCUGAACAUCCUUCUACAUACUGCUCUAUGCAAAUCCUUAUGCAUGUAAUUUUAUGUGAACAGAAAAUAUACAUGCUUUUAACUCAACAUAUGGUAAAGGUCAUUAUCAAUAAAUAUAGAUACACAUAAUCCUUUUUAAUGGCUAUACAUUCCAUUGCACAGGUGUACCAAGUUUUAUUAAAUCACUCCUCUAUGGAAGGACAUUCAGUUGUAGAUUCCUGAAAUAAUGAACAUUUUUUCUGCUCUGUGCAUGUGUGUGUGUGUGUGUGUGUGUGUGUGUUUAACAACUCUAUGUGCUUAUCAAAUUAUGUCUCCUUGGGGCUGUACAUUUCUAUAACAUUAUUUCUGGGCUGAAGGACAUUCACAAUUUUUAAUAAUUAAUAAACUGUUCCUACCAGGAAGAUUGUACCCCCUCACACUUCCACUAAUAGUGAGCCAAUUUCUCUCUCUUUGGCCCUACUGUAUAUGUGUAGUCUUUCCAAACUUUACCAAUGUGUCAGGCAAAAGGUAACAUCGAAAUUAUGUUGAAUGACUUGCCAAUGAGUCUUGGUGCUGAGGAUAGGUAUCUUGCCAUAUGGUCCUUUCUGGCUUUAAAUGGACAGUGUGUGCAAUAUGCAACAGUGUGGGAUGCAAAUAAGAUGGUCUGUCUUCCAUUCUCCUAACUUUCUUGUGCUGUGUGUCCCUGGGUAAGCCACUCAACCUGUCUAUGUGACAGUUUCUUCAAAUGGAAAUGAAGGACUUGAAAUGGGUGGUUUUGAACUUCCUUUCCAGCUCUAAGGAGGGGAUGGUGUGGAAUGCACUGUACAGAUACACAGUAGAUAACGUGGACUGACAGACUCAGUGCCAUUUCCAGCCCCCUCUCCCUUGCUUGCACCUGCUGUAGCAGAUGCUGGAAAUGCUCAAUAAACCUUUUCUCAGCCUCCUUUGGAGCUAAUGGGCAACCGUUUUACCAAGUUCUGGCUAAUGAAACAUGGAGGGAAAUCUAUUGAGGUGCUUGUGGAAAACCUUCUGCUUUCUUGAUAAAAGAAACAGGCAGAAGACAGGAGUUGUCUCUCCCUCACUGUCUGCCUUCAGUGCAGACUUGACACUGGGACCUGUGGGGGCAGUGUGGUAGCUUUGUACAGCGUCAACUCAGCUGAGCAGGAUCUGUUUUUUUCAGAACCCUGCAUGGUUUCAGAUUAGCACUAGUCCCAAGACAAAAGUUGCAUGAGAUCUGGAAGGUAGUGGCAAAGCAGCAGCCAUGGUUCUUAUGAUCUGAAGGCCAAUGCAGGGCUAUAGGCAUGGUGGUAACUCUAGCACAUUGUUGCUGAUCUGCUGGCUCACCUUGCUGGCAUGAGGCAGCACCCAGACUCUAGCUGCUGCUAAAUCUCCUUCUUUAGUUUCUCCAAGUCCUAAGCCAAGUGAAUGUGCAGCAUGAAGGGUGCCAGGUUCUCCUGCAGUACAUGUGCAUUAUCAAGGUCAGAGGUCAUGAAACACAUGCAGAUCUGUCUUUGUGGAUUCCCGUCAUUCAUGAAUUCCAAUUUGUCCCCACAGGUUCCAAGUCUCUUCUUGCCCUCAUCCACAUCCAACUUUGGACCCUGGCUGCCAUUCAGGCUUACCUAUGGUGAAUGGACGCUCAGUAGUAGAACCAAAGACAGCCUUGCAUGAGGGAGACCCCUCCACUAGCUCCCACAGUCAUGUGAGGUCUAAUGCAGCCCCAUACAAUAGAACUUAUGUGACGAUAGAAAUGUCUAAUGUAUGAGGUGCCCAAUGUGACAGCCUCUAGGCAUGUGCAUGUACCUACUGAGCACUUGAAAUAUACUCAAUGCAACUGAGGAACUACAUUUUUACUCUUAUUUAAUUUUAAUUCAUUUAAAUAGCCGCAUGUGGCUAGUGGCAAUCAUAUUGAACAGCACAGCUCUAGUGCUGACAUUUAAUAAAAUCUCUCAUUCUUCAUCACUGUGUGGUUCUGUUUCUCUGGUUGAACAGUAACUGAUUAGGCAGUAACUGGCAACCACAUGAGGAAGAGCAUGUAGACAGGGAGCCAGCAUGCUAGGAAUGACAGUAGGUGGUAGGCAACCAUUUUUGUUAGCUUGUUUCUCAAACUAGCCACUUGCCAAUAAACUUUACCAGGAAUGGGUCUUUUCCCCAAUGGAUCUUGCAUGGUUAACUGAACUUAAAAAAAAAAACAGUUAAUAGCUGAACAUUUUCUUUCACGGCUGAGCUUGAGUAGAAAACAAUGUGCAAUGGUUUCAAACUGCUCACAAACACAAUUCGACACAAUUACAAAGGAACAUUUCUUUUUUUUUUCCUUUCUUUUUUUUCUAAUGGUUGCUUAAACAAGUGGUUAUCCGUUAUGGUGUUGACAUAGGAAAACGCGAAACGCUGGCAACUGAAUCAAAGCAAUAGUGCAGCAGGCAGCCCAGUGGCGAGCGAGGCUGGACAGGAUUGCCUUUUCACUUCCUCCCAGUUUUGGUCCCGCCCCCUUAGUUUAUCUUCCUGAGAAUGUUUUUUUUUUUAAAAAAGGAAAACGAACCUAGUGGUCUUUCUUCCGUCCGUCUUCGUGUCUGUGGUUCCCUUCUUUAACACACCUCACGGGACCGGGGCCUCCUCCCUUCUCUGUUGUUUGGUGAGUCACUUUGCUUUCCCUCUUUUGGCCCCGGCCUUCUGUGAAUUCUGCGCAGACCCCCAAGUGCCCCCGAACGCCCUCCCAGCCCUCUGCUAGGGCUAAACGCGUCCGAGCCGAGGUCACUGGCCGUGCGGGUCGUAACACCCGACCCAGCGGAAGCGGAGCCAGGAACGCAGCCGGCAGCCCGCGCAUCCCUGCGCUGCGCAGCGCUGCCUCGCCGGGCCGGGCCGGUCCCCUCCUCUGCGCCCCCUCUCCGCCUCCCCAACGAGGGACUCGCAGUGCCCCCUCGCAGCACAGCGUCCCACCUCCCUGGCAACUCCUGGGCACUAGCCCCGGGACGGCUGGGACAGCGCGCCUGAGCCCGCCCCCCGGGCGGAGGAGGUGGCCCCCGGGGCGCGGGCUCCCAGCCGCGGUGGACGCGGGUCAGCGGAGGAGGCUUGGGCGCCGCCUGGAUGCUGCAGCCUAGCAGCUUCUUCUCUGAGAGCAUCGGGAGACCCGGAGCGAGCCUGCCCUCGGUGCGCGGGGCCCGGAACGGGGCGCUGGACUUGUAUCCCUCUCUUUUCCCUUCGGGUCUAGGAGCACUCCAGCUCUCAGACCCCCCUCCUCCCAGGUACUGGCGGGGAGAGGAGGGCGCAUCCCUCUUCCCGCGCCCCACCAUGGGCAAUAUCUCCAAUGACUCCCAGCAAGAGGACUGCCAGAAUCGACAGUGGCUCCCGUCCGGCGAAAGCCCAGCCAUCAGCGCGGCGAUGUUCUCGGCAGGGGUGCUGGGGAACCUCCUCGCGCUGGCGCUGCUGGCGCGCCGCUGGCGGGGGGACGCGGGGCGCGGGGCCGGCCGCGGGAGCUCCAUCUCCUUGUUCCACGUGCUGGUGACCGAGCUGGUGUUCACCGACCUGCUCGGGACCUGCCUCAUCAGCCCUGUGGUGCUGGCUUCCUACGCGCAGAACCAGACCCUGGAGAAACUGGAGCCCGAGACACGCGCGUGCACCUACUUUGCCUUCGCCAUGACCUUCUUCAGCCUGGCCACGAUGCUCAUGCUUUUCGCCAUGGCCCUGGAGCGCUACCUGUCCAUUGGGCAUCCCUACUUCUACCAGCGCCACGUCAAGCGCCGAAGCGGCCUGGCUGUGCUGCCUGCCAUCUACACUGUCUCUUUGCUCUUUUGCUCUCCUCCACUGCUGGGCUUCUCGAAGUACGGCCAGUACUGCCCCGGAACGUGGUGCUUCAUCCAGCACCAGCAGACCGUGUAUCUGAGGCUUUACGCCACCCUGCUGCUGCUCCUCAUCGUCGCCGUCCUGGCCUGCAACUUCAGCGUCAUCCUCAACCUCAUCCGCAUGCACCGUCGGGGCAGGAGGAGCCGCUGCGGACCCUCGCUGGGCAGCUGCCUGGACGGUCUUGGGAGCCGCAGGAGAGGAGAGAGGGUGUCCGUGGCAGAGGAAACCGACCACCUCAUUCUCCUAGCUAUUAUGACCAUCACCUUCGUAGUCUGCUCCUUGCCUUUCACAAUUUUUGCAUAUGGGAAUGAAUCCUUUUCUCUAAAAGAAAAGUGGGACCUCCAAGCUCUUAGAUUUUUAUCAAUUAAUCCAAUAAUCGACCCUUGGGUCUUUGUCAUCCUUAGACCUCCUGUUCUGAGACUAAUGCGUUCAGUCCUCUGUUGUCGGGUUUCUUUAAAAACACAAGAUGGAACACGAACUUCCUGUUCUACCCAGUCAAAUGCCAGUAAACAGACUGACUUUUGUGGACAGUAGUUAAGAAGUGCUAAGUUAGCCAGCAUCUGGAAGAUCAUUUUGAAAUGGUUCCAUGAAGAAAUGAAAAGAGUUAGUUUAUAAACAAAAUGAAGCUACCCUAAUAAAACAGAGUGAACAAACAUUCCAGCUGUGGUUUGCACUACAGAGGUGCUGAGAAGGCACUUUAUGGAAGGUGUCAGAAGGACCGAUAAAUUUUACCCUUAAUGAGCAUGUUAAUGGCUUUUAGAGGAACAACCAAUUGCAUUUAAGAUCUGGUUGCCUUUUGAUUAAAGAACAGAGAAAGCAUGUGGGUUUGUAAUUUGUUUAAAACCCUAGUUAUUGUGUUUUCUAUUUUAAUCUUCUAUGCUGCUACCAUUAUAAAUACGCAGUACAGUCAGACUGGAAAAAACUUCAUAUGUAUUCUCUAGGAAGUUGAUAUGUGGAAACAACCAAGCCUGAUGUCUUGUGACUGUUAAACAAACCCUUUCUUUGGACAAUGAGUUUGAAAAUCAUAGGCACCCUGUACUCUCAUAUUUGUGUAUGUGGGAGCUGUUUCUCAUGGCUACACUCAUCUACUACUUGAAGAGUAGGCUCAGUUGGUUGAAAUCACCUUUUUCACUAGUCCUCCAGAAGCUGUGUGUCAAUGUGUCAGGUUAUUUAUUUUGUUAUUUCCAUUGUGCUAAUAGUAAUCAAAAAGAUUUUAGGAACUUUCCUCACAACAAGAAAGAAUAGGCUAUUAAGAGUUAAUUCUGAUUAAUAGUCUUCAUUCUGUUUCCAGGGGAGAGUUUAUGCGGCUCUUUCUGAAGCCAAACAAUAGGAUUAAAAGCUGAAAAAAACUGGUCAGUUCUUCAGAUGCACUGGAACUCUUUUAAUACUGAUGUCAAGGUCAUGACUAACACCUAUUUUGUAAGAUGACCGUGUUGUAGCAAAAUUUAUAUAUUUUUUAUCUAGGUGACAUGGCUUGACUCAUACCAUACUAUGUAGGAAAUCAUGUAACAGUGAGUCAUAUCUUAAUAUAUUUCUAAAUCUAAAUGUUUGGAAUGGUGUAAACUCAGCAUCAAAAUAUUUCAGUGAAUUGCACUGUUUAAUCAUAUCUUAGUUACUGUGUAAACUCAUCUGAAAUGUUACAGAAAUAAACUAUGAAACAAAAAUUUGAAAAUGGAAUAGUAUUUGAUGAAUUCCCCCAAACGUUUUAUAAUUAGAGUAUGUAUAAUAUUUUUUAAAUGAGAUAAAAGUAGAAACACUAUAUUUUAAUUUGGCAGGUUUUUAAAGUGUGGUUGCAUUGUAAAUUAGA